CAUUUCGCAAAAAUUUUUCGCAUCUCAAGGGAAAUGUUUUUGACCAUACUUUCCGAAAUUGAAACGAAAUUUCCGCCAUCGAAGGGAGCAGGUCUGACGCCAAAAGAGAAAUUGGCGGCUUCUUUACGAUUUUUGGAUGAAGGCAGCUACCAACAAGGCGUCGGUCAAGAUUGGAAUGUGGCAAUUGCCCCGUCGACGUUUUCAGUGAUAUUUCGCCAAACAUUGAAAAUAUUGGAAGAAACACAGUGCCCAAAACGGAUUAAGCUAGAAAUGGAUGACAGUGGGGGUCCCCUGGGUAGGGGAGACUUCGCACCUUCCGUCAGAUUUUUCCAGAAUCAUAAAAAAAUGGAUGACAGUGAACAACAAGAAGCACGGCCAUAUUUUUAUGAGUAAAGUGGAAUCCCGGGUAUCGUAAUGUGUGCAGACGGCACGCAUGUUAAAAUAUUAGCGCCGAAGGAUAACAGGGAUCAGUACUACAAUAGGAAAGGCAUUUACAGUUUAAAUGUGUUGAUGAUUUGUGACCAUACAAUGGCUAUCCGAUACGUCAACGCUGCGUACAGUGGAAAAAAUCAUGAUGCUCAUAUAUGGGGAGUCUCUGGCGUAGAUAAUUUUUUUACCGAGAAAUAUCGAAGUGGAAAUGCAGUUUUUAAU